GGAGUUCUCCAGGUGAAGGAGGAGAAAAUACAGCAUCUGUGGGGUCACAGUUUUCCUGAAUUAAUAUCAAUGGAAAAUCAAACCAGAGUGACUGAAUUUAUUCUCCUGGGACUUUCCAGUGACCCACAGAUGCAGAUUUUCCUCUUCCUGGUGUUUUUAGUUAUUUACCUAAUCACUCUGGUUGGGAACAUACUGAUCAUGCUGGUGAUAAGAGCUGAUUCCCACCUUCACACCCCCAUGUAUUUCUUCCUCUUCCAUUUAUCCUUUGUUGAUACCUGCUAUUCCUCAGUCACGGUGCCUAAAAUGCUGAUGAACUUCCUAGCAGAGCACAAAACUAUUUCAGUCAGUGGCUGCAUUGCCCAGAUGUUCUUCAUCCUCUUCACAGCCGGUGCUGAAGUUUUCAUUCUCUCAGCCAUGGCGUAUGACCGCUACGCUGCCAUCUGUGACCCGUUGCAUUAUGUGAAGAAAAUGAACAAAGGGAUUUGUUUUCAGCUGGUGAGUGGUGCAUGGGCAAUAGGCUUCUUUCAUGCCCUUCUUAACACAGUCUUCUCAUUCAAUUUGUAUUUUUGUGGACCCAAUCAAAUCAGCCAUUUCAGCUGCGAACUCCCUCAUUUAUUAAAAUUGUCCUGCGCUGAAACCCUCACCAAUCAAGUGGUGCUUCUCACUUCUAUUGUGAUAUUUGGAUCAAGCUCCUUCCUCCUCACCCUGAUCUCCUACAUUCAUGUCAUCUCUACCAUCAUGAGGAUACGCUCUGUGGAGGGUAAGCGUAAAGUCUUCUCCACCUGCAGCUCUCACCUUAUUGUGGUUGGUUUAUGGUAUCUGCCAGGUUUCUUCCAGUACACAAAACCCAGCUCAAUUUCUUCUGGGGCUCUGGAUGAAAUGUUCUCUGUCCAGUACACCAUCUUGACCCCCAUGUUAAACCCCAUCAUCUACAGCCUGAAAAACAAGGAGGUGAAAAGGGCACUGGUGAAAAUGUUGGGGAAAUUGAACUUUCUCAAGUAG